UGGUGAAAGCAGAGGACCUUGCAUCUUCAGCUGGGGCAGUGACGAGCUAUGGGGGAAACUAUAUAAUACUGGCGGGGCUGUUGGCUUUUGUACAGUUGUUCAACAGUCCUACAGUGCUUAGGAGGUUGGAAUAAAAUCAACAAUGAAGGUUUUGAUCUUAGUAAGCUGCGUGUUGGCCGCCGCCACCGCCCAGUACCACCCCCUCAUCUACCCCCAGCACAUCCCCGUGCUUGACCACAACGGCGUCCCUGUCGAACCCGCCGCCAACCAACUGGCUCGCGCCGCCCAUUACGCCGCCCACGCUGAAGCCCAGGCCCGUACUGGUCAUUACCCAAUUUACGCCGCCUCCGGCCCCAUUGACACCCCUGAAGUAGCCGCCGCCCGCGCCCAACACUUUGCCGAUUACGCCGUCGCCGCCCAACGUAACGGCGUCAUUGUUGACACCCCUGAAGUCCAAUUGGCCAAAGCUGCCCAUUUCGCAGCCCAUGCCGCCGCCCGAUCUGGACUUCACCUCCGCAAAAGACGCGCUUUGUACCAUUAUGGAGUCCCAGUUAACACUCCUGAAGUCCAAGCUGCGACUGCUGCCCAUUUGGCGGCCCAUGCUGCCGUCAGAGGAGUUCCUUUAGACACCCCCGAAGUCCAGGCUGCAAAAGCUCAACAUUUCCAAGCUCAUGCUGAAGCUUUGCACCGGACUGGGGUUGUGGGUGUAGCACCGUUUUACUACGGGGGUUUUUACCCUCAUGCCGUGAUUGGACAUGAUGGACAACCUGUGGAGACUCCUGAAGUUCAAUUGGCUAAAGCUGCUCAUUUCGCAGCCCAUGCUGCCGCCCGACACUACUAGUUUUGUUGUAUAUAAAAUUUUAAUAAACCAUUAAGAAAUUUA